AACCAAGCCCUCUCAGCCGCUGUUAUAUGUAUUUGGCUUUGUUUGCAUAGGAAGGUCUUUUCCCAUGAUGAUGGCUUUCUUUCACAACAAAAAACCAUCGUCGCCAUCGUCGUCGCCAUCGACAGCAAAGAACACGUCCACUCGUUGAUAUCUAUCAUACCCGCCUUGCAAUGAAGUCAUUUGCUAUUCUGUCCUUAUUUAUCGUUGCUUCGGUGGCACAGUCUUCCUCCAAUCCAUAUAUUCCGUCAGGAAUCAGUCAAGGUUGUUCAAACUAUUUAGUUAGUUUGAACAGCAAUGUCACCUUUUCCUCCUGCACAACUCCAAUUAUCUCUGCGACAUCACAAUUUGCACCGGGGGUCAGCUCGAGCAGCAUCAACACGACCACCAUUAACACUGCAUUGAGCAACCUCUGCUCGACAUCUGCGUUUAAUGCAUGCCCUGACAGCACUGUUCGCGCUCAGUUGAUGGCGUACUACUCGGCAUGCUCAGUAGAGCUUACGACCAGUCUCAACAUCGAUGUCCUCAGGACUUAUGAUGUCCUCUAUACCCUGACGCCACUCAGACAAGCCGUAUGCUCCAAGGCUGAUAACGGGCAAUACUGUGUCACGCAGCUGAACAUCACAUCCAGUAGUUCUGCGACUGGAAAUGUGGCCGUGGUCACCUCCCCAAAACAAGAUGUGCUGCAGCAAUACCUAUACACAACGCCUGAUCUAGCUAGCGGGGUGUCCUCACGUCGGGACGUCAGCAACACCACCACUGCACUCAUUCCCAACACCACAACGUAUCAGGAUACCAACCUUGUCUUCCUCUUCCUUCAACCCAGCAUGACUUCGACUCAGCUCUGCACCACUUGCACACGCAACACUCUCACGCCAUACAUCACGUUCGAGUCCAGCCUCCCCUACGCCCCAGGUCUGAGCAACAGCUUGCUGCUCCGUGGCCAGACCGCUCUUUACAAUGCCAUCCUGGCAAAUUGCACGUCUGGCUUCCUGAGCGGCGCUGUGCAGGCCGCCGGCGGCCUGUCUGGUGGCAUUCUCAGUAGCAGUGCUCCCCGGUCAAUCAGUGCAGAUCUAUCGUUGCUUGUCAGUGCUAUGUUGGGUGCUGCAGGUCUCGCAAUCACAGCUUUCUGAGGUCCACGUUAUACCAGUCUGGUGGGACUUGUAGCUGAUAGUUGUGGAGUUUGGAAGGCUGUCGAUGAUGACUGGAAUGGAUCUAUCUUCUUCUAUUAUACCUAUUGCGAUCCCACUUUAGACAAAUACCCUCCAGGCGUCAUUUACGAAGUUGUUUGUCGUUUUCCCUUUCCCUUUUUGAUUCGUUUGGACAUGGUGUGCUUGGAAUUACUUCAGUCGUGUCACUCGGUAAAGAGUCGACUCAAUAAUACCAACAUACACAUCUCAUUAAUUAAUGAUACAGUGCUGAGCGCCGAAUGAUUUUAUGUCCCUGAAGUACUCAAUGAUCUGCACGUUCUUCCAGCGACCACUUGAUUUGAAUACACGCUUGGCGAGGGCUUGCUCUUGAGUCUGAUGGUUGCUACGGUAGGCGUUGUGGUUGA